AUGACGAUCGGAACGACCGCGUGCAACGGCAUGCGGGGCUUACAACAAGCUCUGGCUUAUCACCCAGGCAUAUGGCUCGACCGUAUCUCCUACCGGACAGCCCGAUCUUCAAAUUUGCGACCUCAAUCCCGACAAGUUCACACCAUCCGGACUCGACCCUAUGCCCUCUGCUCCUGCCCAGCUAUAUCGUCUGCGGUCAGUGCUGGGGAUGGGGCUGAGAUUCAAUGGCAGGGACGGACGAUAUGUCAUCUAUAUCUGUCUAAGCACCUCCAAUAUGCGAGCGCUUGCAUUCACACAUCCGCAUCGGCAUCCACUUCCUUGACCACAGAGUCCAGUGGGAUCCCUCAAAGUACACCACAGGGUGCGCAAUCAUUACCGACUGAUGAAAAUGGGAAUGUAUCAGCCUCAUCCACCUCGAUUCCUGAGGCUCAUGGCUUCCAAGAUGACGCAGAAGCUGAAGCGAUGUUAUGGGCUUACGAACUUUGGCUCAUGAGAGAACAACUUAGAGCAGAAAAGGGUGAAUCCUGGACUCAAACAGUACAGGUAUCUGGAUUGACUAUGGAGGGGCUUUAUGUGCAUAGGGAAAGUCUUGAUUGCACCGGUAAAUCACAGCUGUCAGCUUCAGUAUUGGCACCGACAAGAGAGCAAGCGUCCCGCAAAGCUCGUCUGCUUCUCAUUUCGAAAUUACGUGAAAUCGAGGACUGGGAUAAAGAUUUCGAAGCUGCGGGCUAUGAUGGAUGUAGAAACUUUCCUCAUUUACUUAACAUGUUAAUGUCGGACCACUUCGUGUCGCCAAUCUCAGUCCGUCAACGCGAACAUGUGGAUGUAAAUGGGAAACGCACAUUCGGAUGCAGUGUUUGGUUCCGUAAUCUCGACUACGGGCAAAAUUGUUGGUACAGGACCCCUCUGAGAACAUGCGAAACUGAGGAAGAUGCACGGAAACUAGCUAUCCGCAUGUUAGUCCUUAGCGUGCAGUUGCGAAAGUUGGGAACAUUGGAAGACAUGUUUGAUGACUUGCACGAAGUUGACAGCAAAGACCUUGAGCGCUUUUACGAGAUGGAGGCUUUGGGUCAAUUCUAUCUCACAUUGGAUGGUUCGCCGGAUUGUCACGCCAAUCUUUUUUUGCCUAACAAGAGGAGGCUGGCACAAAUGCAAACCACAGUAAUGGCACAUCCUCACUUGACAAGGUCUCGAUUAGAGAGGAAGGCAGUGAUAAGGCUUGUCUCAAAACUGAAAAAAACAAAGCUGUGGACGAAACCCAUUGUUCCGGCUGCCAAGGUUUCUAUAGACGACGAAUUAAUCUAUACGAUGCAAGAGGUAAGAGAUGAUUUGCUCCAAGCAGAUCAGAUCUUCACCAAGAAGAGCUCUCAACUCGCUGGCAGAGUUCCACAACAAGAGCCGGACAAAUUCCCAACUACCAGCCAGGUAGAAAGCAGAUCCCAGCAGUUGAAGAAGAGUUUGGAUGAGCGACGCCAAUCGGAGGAUGCAGCUAUCAUUAAUAUUCGGUCCCAGCAAGAACAACUACCAGUGAUGCAGAUCAGACAGCAGGUCCUGCAGAUCAUCAACGAACAUACUUACAGCAUCAUUGCUGCUGAGACGGGAUCAGGAAAGUCUACUCAAAUCCCCCAAAUCAUCCUGGAUGACGCGAUUGACCAAGGAAUCGGGGGGCAAUGCAACGUGAUUUGUGUCCAGCCACGGCGAAUUGCAGCACAGUUUCUGGCGGAGAGAGUCUCUUUUGAAAGAGGGGAAGUUGUUGGCGAUAAUGUUGGAUGCUUGGUUCGAUAUGACUAUCGGAGGCCGGCCCAUGAUGGGGGCAGUAUCACAUACUGUACUACCGGUGUCAUGUUGAACAUUUUACGGAAUCAGCCUGAUAUCCUCUCGUCACUCACUCACAUCAUGCUUGACGAAGUUCAUGUCCGUGACAUUGGAAUCGAUCUCAUAAUGAUGUUGUUGAAGCGCUACGUUGAUAAUUGCCGAUCGACUGGUGUUUCUGUGCCUCGAAUCGUGAUCUUGAGCGCCACCAUAGAUCUUGACCUGUUUUCCACAUAUUUCGCCAAUUUGGGACCGGAUGGGAAACUUGUUCCUGCUCCGUAUAUCUCCAUUCCGGGUCGCCAAUUCGACGUGAAGAAGCAUAACCUCGACAAUGUGCUUGAUGACCUGGCAGCUACUUAUGAACCCGAAAUGCUGUCUAGCCUGCUACAUGGCCCCGAGACCAAAACUUUCCUGGAUAAACAUUAUGCGCAUUUCGACGAUAUCAAAGAUCUCGAGAUCGAGGUUUCAGACUCUGUCACGGAAAAUUUCACGGAAAGUUCGACAAAUUUAAUCUCCGCUGUCCAGACCAGUGAAGCAUUGGAGAUGGAGGAUGAAAUGAUACCUUAUGGCUUGAUUGUUGCGUUGAUAUUCUAUCUUUUAAACACAACCAAAUCCGGCUCUAUCUUGGUCUUCCUUCCAGGUUUAGCAACGAUAAGGAAGUUGGAAGAGCGAAUCUUGGCGUUUCCCGCUCUCAAGGACUUUGACCUGGAUUUCUCAGAUGAAGGUCGAUUUCGAUUGUUCAAGUUGCAUGCGGCACUGCCCCUGGAAAUGGAAAAGUUGUCUCAGCCAUUUCCGGCAGGUUGCAGGAGGAUUUUCCUCUCCACCGAUGUGGCUGAGGCGUCGGUCACUAUUCCCGACGUGAAGUACGUGAUUGAUUCUGGCAAGGUGAAUAACCUUGUUUACGAUCAUACGGCGCGCUCUCGUCGACUGGGUUCUUUCUGGACUAGCAAGGCUAGUGCUAUCCAGCGAGCAGGCCGAGCAGGCAGAGUCCAGGAUGGAGAGUAUUUUUUCCUGGGAACUCAAAAAUGCUAUGAUAAUCUUCGGAGAAUGAAGUCUCCCGAUAUUCAACGAGCCCCCCUAGAUGAACUAUGCCUGCGUGUGAAAAGCAAUGCCCCUGAUGCUCCCAUCAUUGACGUCCUGAAACAAGCCAUGGAACCUCCUGAUGCCGACGCAGUUGUGCAGACCAUCAAACACCUAAAACAGACUCGGGUACUGGACGAGAAUGAAAACUUGACCGAUCUUGGUGUCCUUCUCGACCAACUCCCCCUUGACCCAUCAGCCGGCAGGUUCAUCAUCCUUGGUGUUAUUUUCCAAUGCCUGGAGCCGCUGCUCAUAUUGGCAGCUUUGAACGGAGAAAGUCUCUUCCGCCGGCCAUCGAGUUUGGAGGAAAGCCAGAGUAUUCGCAAAAAGCGUCAUGAAUUUGCGGGACAGAGUCACUGUGACCAUAUCAGUACAAUCAAUGCCUUCAAGGCUAUGAGGGCUGAGGAGCGGGACGGCCGCAGUGCCCGGGAUUACGCUCAAGCUCAGCACCUGGAGUUCCACAACUACACAGAGGCUCACAGCCUUGUUAAGGUGCUAUUGGAAUCCCUCAAGAGCGCGCGACUUGUCCGCAGCAAUUCCAUCCCAAAAGAUGGCUACUAUUUGGGCGGUAAAACACUCAACAUCAAUUCGGAUUGCAUCCCUCUCAUAAAAGCACUUAUCCUUCAUGCUCAAUUCCCUCACGUUGCCGCUCCAACGCCGUCCACAUCAAUGUCAUAUUUUAGCAAGACCGACAGCGUAGAUCUCCUGCCUUGGGCAAGCGCCGCUAACGUUCUACCGCCACCAGCUACUCGAGAUCUGGUGACAUAUCAGGGAAAAUAUGCCAGUCAGAAAGCGAGGGAACCUCCAAAGCUGAGAGAAUGCUCUCUAGUCAGCCCUUUGGCAAUGUGUCUCUUCGGAGGAAGAAUGGUCUGGAAAGACCGAAUGCUCCGUAUGGACUCCUGGUUACCACUAGGAAUCAAUAUGAAGGAUCCAACAUACACCUCAGAUGAGGCUGCACGAAGCAUUAUCGAGUUGCACAAAGCCAUUGACAAGUGUUUAAUGUCGGCCUACGCAUCCCUAAACCAUGAGAAGCAGUCGCGAAAUUUCUACAAGGCUCGUAACAAGAUGUUCAGGUCAUUGCAGAAAGCCGUCAGAGCAACCUUGGAACGCGAUAACCACCGUUAUGCCGUGCCCAACCAAGGAAAAUGGAGUGAACAUGAUGCACAUGAAAACCUGGCAUUUGAUGAGGACCAAUCCAUCCUAGACGAGAGCACAACUAGAGCGGAUGAGGAGGAGCUUCAUGUACCAUAG